AUGGAAGUAGGGAAACAAAUAACUUCAUCUCUCAUUGAUGGGGAACUGAUAGACGAUGUAUUUAAAGUGUCACAAGCCAAAAAAUCAAAGAAAACCAUAUUUCACGUUUUAGAUGCCUUCAAAAAUAUUCCCAAAUUAGAAUACGACGCCGAAAAUAAUAAGAUUAUUAGGAAAAUGAAUUCUGAUGGUAAUUUAAUAGGGAAUCCUGAUUCAAAAUCUUUAAAUUUGGCUAAUAGAUACAAUUUACUGUGCUAUCGUUUGUCCAAAAGUAAAUUAUUUACAAUCGCUAACGUUAUCUCGAAAGAUGAAAAUCGCGAACUGCCCACUUCGACUAAAUUUCAAGUUAAACCAGUGAUAUAUUUAUUGGGGCGAGCCAGACCCGAAGAGCAUAUUAUUUGUUUAGGAAUGUUAGCUAGGAUGAAAGAAAAUCAACUUUUCCUUGAGGAUCCAUCAGGGGCGAUCAAAUUAGAUAUAUCAGAAACAAUAUGGCAUGAUGGGAUAUUCACCGAAUACUGUUUUGUAUUGGCUGAAGGUUAUGUAAUGGAUAAUAUAUUUCAAGCUUACGCUAUUGGAUUUCCCCCUGCUGAGAGUGAAGCAAUAUCCAGAGAACACAUGGGCAAUGCGAAUUUUUUUGGUCCAGAACCCGAUGUAAAUCCCAAAGUUUCCAAACUCUAUGAAAAUUAUCAAGAAUGUGAUCUGGACGAAUGCAGUGAUUAUACACUUAACACCAUAAAUAUCGAGAAUAAAUUGGCCGAAAUGCAAUCAUGUUUUGUUAUACUUAGUGAUUUGUAUUUGGAUAAGGCUAAUGUGAAAGAAAAAUUCAACACAUUGUUAAACGGUUACGAAAGUGAUAAUCCACCUUAUGCUUUUAUAAUUUGCGGCUCUUUCAUAUCUCCGGAAAAAUCGGUAGAUAAAGAUUUUGAAAAAUCAAGGAAAAUAACAUCAAACCAUUUUUCAGAAUUAGCGUUGAUGAUAUCCAAACACAAGAAUAUAUCUAAAAGAUCUAGAUUUGUAUUUGUCCCUCACAUUAGAGAUGAUCAAGGGAUUACGGGAAUACUACCAAGACCACCGUUACCUGAUAGUUUAAGCAAAACUUUCCAUAAAGCUAUAUAUGUUGCCCGUAACCAUAAAAAUGUAGUAAAAGGUGACACAAAUAUAGGUGUGAACGAUUACAAUUACGAAAUUAUGCAAAAUUUUACCGAAACUGAAAACAAAGAAAAGGCACAAGAUGAUAAGUAUUUCUUCACGUCCAACCCCUGCAGAAUACAAUACAUGUCCCACAAUAUUGUAGUGUUUAGGGAGGACAUGGUGACCAAGCUUUUUAGAAAUUGUAUUCAUUCACCAAAUUUGGAAGGCAUCGAUGCUCCAGACUCCUUUGCUCAAACAAUACUAUCACAAGCAAAUUUAUCACCCAUGUCGUUUGACGUUAGUCCAAAAUUUAAUCAAUUCGACCAGGCUUUAAAUUUAUACCCGUUGCCAGAUCUUAUUGUAUGUGCUGACAGAUAUUUACCCUACACUUAUGAAAGUCCACAUAAUUGCCUUGUCAUCAACCCGAGUUCCUUCUCAAGAAACAACUUUGUCUUCAAGGUUUUUUAUCCAUUUAAUAAGACUGUUGAAGAUAGCUCAAUACCUUAACCUAGUUUAAAAAUAAAAAGAUAAUAAAAAAAAUUUCUCCAAU